UAUUCGUUUGGUGAAUAAGUACGUUUUAUGUAUGGUCGUAAAUCGAAUAUAAAAAAUUGUAAUUCGUUUUAAGGUAGAUUGGAGUAAAAAUCAUUUGAGAUGUGUGAAGUUAGAAGACGAUGUAAUACAGCUUGCUUCAUAGUUGCGCGGAAGGAAGGUACCGAAUAUUAUAGAGAUUGCAUACAGCAAUUAGGGGGUGGUUCUCGUCGUAACAUGCGUAGAAUCAACAAGUAUCAAGAGAUCGAAGUAUUACCUGUGAACACGUCUUCGAAGGGGGCCAAAAUGGUCCGCAACAUGUACUUCUCAGAUGCAUCCAUAAUCCCGAGGGUGCAGAAGUAUCUAGAGACGAACUUAGGCAAUCAAUACAUUGAUAUUAACGUAAUGGCAGAGGAGAUCCAGAGGAAGUAUCCGCGGGAGUAUGGUAAAAGAAAGCGAACUGCAUUUCGCGCCCUCAUCAAAAAAGCGUACUCCAUGUUAAUACAUGACUACUCACAACGCAAUAGUAGUGACUCUGAAGAGGUUUCAGAAGAAGUCAACGAAGAUGAUACUAUCAAUUAUGCUGACAAUUCAAUGAAUAAUCAGAUCAUGGAGAUGUAUAGCAGGAACAAUGCCCCUAAACCGUUGGAUGAGAAUGAGCUGAUUGACAUCAGCAGUGAUGAUUCCCAGGAUAAUGAAGACUCUCACAAGUCCAAUGGCCCAUCCACUUCGACCACCAGCCAGGUGCAGCCACAUUUCCUUGACAAGUUCUUGCCAAAGAUUGCUCCCAACGAAGUCAAUGUUUUCAAAGUGGCAGAUGAUGAUCAACCUGAUCCAGUAACAAAUACUAAUGAUAGAGGGAAGAAGCGUAAACCCGAUGUCAAUAUGACGUCGACGCCGAAGAAAAAGCGAUCGUCCGUCACGCCGAAUUUGGAGGAACCCAAAGUAUCGUUCAAAGAUCUCGGAGGAAUGGAUAAAACGUUGACGGACGUUUGCAAGCUGCUUGUACACAUUAAACAUCCGGAAGUUUAUAGGCAGAUAGGGAUAUCUCCUCCUAGAGGAUUUCUGUUGCAUGGUCCACCUGGUUGUGGCAAGACGUUACUUGCCAAUGCAAUUGCCGGCGAAUUGGAGAUUCCUUUGCUGAAAGUGGCAGCUCCAGAACUGGUGGCUGGAGUGUCAGGGGAAAGCGAGGAAAGGAUAAGGGAACUCUUCGAAAGGGCUGCAGUCUCCGCGCCCUGCGUUUUAUUCAUAGACGAAGUUGAUGCGAUCACUCCAAAUAGACAAUUUGCGCAGAAGGAUAUGGAGAGGAGGAUCGUAGCUCAGUUGUUGACUUGUCUAGAUGAUUUAAAUAAGAACGAAAGCGGAGAUCAGGUACUUGUUAUUGGAGCUACGAAUCGACCGGACAGCUUGGAUCCAGCGUUAAGGAGAUCAGGAAGAUUCGACCGAGAGGUGUGUUUGGGAAUUCCAGACAGCGAUGCGCGACUUCAUAUUCUGAAAGUGUUAACUUCGAAAUUGAAACUCGAGGACAACUUCGACUUCAGUAGUUUAGCAAAAUUCACGCCCGGCUUCGUCGGUGCCGAUCUGAUGGCUUUGACCAGGGAAGCUGCGCUGGCCGCUGUGAGCAGAGUUUUUAACGAUCUUAGAGAGAAACAGAAGCUGGAGCAGGCCAUGGCGCUGCAAUCUUCUGUGGAUUGUCAGGAGAACGGAAGCAACGAUACGGAAUCCAAGAGCGACGCUGAGAUCGUCGUGGACGAUGAGAACAAAUCGGAUUUGGCCGAUGUGGCUGUGGUGGUGAGCGACGACGAUUCGAAGACUGUAGACAAGGUCGUAGCUCAACAGUCUAACAUAAUCAAUAGCACACAUUUGGAAAUGAAGAACAUGACGCAUUUGGAAGAACUGUUGAACUGGUUGCACAACGCCUCUCCUCUGACCACGGAUCAGUUGGAUAAUCUUUACGUAAAUAGCGAAGACUUCGCGAAAGCUUUGAAAUGCGUGCAGCCAUCCGCGAAACGAGAAGGUUUUGCCACAGUGCCGGACGUCACUUGGGAGGAUAUUGGAUCUCUUAAAAACAUUCGGGAGGAACUUCAAUUGGCUAUUUUGGCUCCAGUAAGACACAGAGAUCAAUUCAAAUCUCUUGGCUUGAACACACCAACAGGUGUUUUACUGUGCGGUCCACCGGGAUGCGGUAAAACGUUGCUUGCAAAGGCAAUUGCAAACGAGGCUGGAAUCAAUUUCAUUUCCGUUAAAGGUCCAGAAUUAUUGAACAUGUACGUUGGUGAAAGUGAAAGGGCAGUUCGAUUGUGCUUUGAGAGGGCCAGAAAUUCCUCGCCUUGCGUUAUAUUCUUUGAUGAACUCGACGCUCUUUGUCCGAAACGUUCCGAUUCCAGAGAGGGAGGAGCGACCAUGAGGGUUGUUAAUCAAAUGUUAACAGAAAUGGACGGAGUUGAGGGCAGAGAAGGUGUUUACCUAUUAGCUGCUAGCAACAGACCUGACAUCGUGGAUCCUGCGGUGCUGCGACCCGGACGUCUAGACAAGAUCUUAUAUGUAGGACUGCCAAGUCCUGAUGAACGAGUCGAUAUCUUAAGAACCAUCACCAAAAACGGAACUAGACCUGUGUUAGCACACGACGUCGACUUGGAGCAAAUUGGUAAAUGCGAUCGCUGCGAAGGAUACACUGGAGCGGAUUUAGCAGCCCUUGUGAGGGAGGCCGGAGUGCAAGCUCUUCGCGAAGUUAUGAUGCAAGGAGACAUGCAAAAGGCAAUUCUAGUAACAACAGAACAUUUUACCAAAGCCAUCGCAAAAAUUAGACCUUCCGUUUCCGAUGAGGACCAAUUGAAAUACGAAAGAUUGAAGAAAAUUUACACCGCCAAGCCUGACGUAGAGGAAAUGGAGUAUUCUUAAGUUUUUAUUAUUUUUUUUUUAUUGUU